GAUAACGCCUAAUAAUGAGAGUCCAGUUACAAAUAGAAGGACUUGGGGGAGGGAUGGUGGUGAGCGACGACAAAUGAGACGUUCAGAGAGAAGGGAGGCAGAACUAAGGAGAGAAAACGAGAUCAAAGCUUCCAAGGCCAAAGAACUAUCAGCCACUCCACGCGAUGUCAAGAAUGUCAACAUACAAAAAACUCCGCCCCAGCCUACGGAACGGCAAAUCCCACGCGCUGCACCACGUGUCACGCCACGUGUAAUCCCACGUGAGAAGGACAAACCACCCGAACCUGCGUUGAGAAGACGAAAUGAAAAUAACGCAACUUGGAGCAGCCCUGAGAAAGGCGUUAAAGGUUCUUCCCCCGUUAAAAAUUCUUUAUCACCUGAAAAACUGCCAUCCGCCCAAACCACUGAGAGUUCGUCGAACGAAACGAUCGAUAUAAAUUCCUCAGAGGAAAUUAGUGAUAUUUCGAGCGAAGAAGUGGAAGUGGGGAAGGAAAAAGAGAGUGAAGAGGAAGCACGACAGGAGGAAUUGGAAAAUGAAAAUGAAGGCGAUGAAGAGGAUGCUGAAGAUGAAGAAUACGAGGAUGAAGCGGAAGAACAAGACAGUGAAGCAGAGGAGGAAAUCAGCGAGACUGAGGAGAAUGAAGAAGAAGCAGGUGAUGAUGAAGAAAACGUGGAAACCGAUGAAAAUAUCGAGCAAGAAGAAACAGGAGGAGAACAGGAAGAUGAAACAGAUGAAGAGACAAAUGAAGACGAUGGGACCGUAUUAGAACCACCAAAGCGGCAUCAUGACCCCCCGGCAACAGAACAUCACAAAGCAGGACGAGGUAAAACUGGAAACCACACGAAAACUCGGAAAAUAUCCAGACAACAUCGGGACGGCGAAGGUUGCGAAAAUGACAACGCUGUUAACCGACAAGACAAGCGACAACAUCACGAAGAGAAACGGAAAGAAGAAAUUGAGAUAUCAUCCGAACGACGUGGUUCUCAUGAACAGAAGACGAAGCGACAUCAAAGACAGAGCAGUGUGAGUGGCAGCGAGUGCGGAGACGUGAAACGAUCUCGAAAUCGUAAAGAUAACGGAUCGUUACAGUUAGAAAACGCAUCAGAAUCUCCUAAAGAAAUGAAAACAAAACAACAUCGAAGGCAAGGCAGCGGUACUGGAAACGAUUUUCAAAAAGUUCAAGAAGAAAAACCUCGCAGAAGUUCCGAUGUUUCGGUGGAAAAGACGACGAAAGAGGAGCAACGUCAUGCUAGUUUGGCUAGGACCAAGUCAAUGCCCAAAAGCACAAGAAGGUCCAGUCGAAACUCUUUAAAGUCUCUUACCACGGAGGAAUUGGAAGAAAGCGGGAAAACUCAAACCGGGAAUAAAACGAAACAAACUCCAAAGAAGGAAGAGACUGGAAAUAGCACAGCGUCUGGACAGAACAGCCGUAAAGCAAGCUGCGCUGAUGAGGAAACUUCAGAACAGACUGGGAACGAUAGCGAGGUUACCACGCCAACAAGCCCUCUAGACCUAUACUCCAACAACGUCCUCGGUCUUGGUCCUGCCAAUAUCCAGCCGUCCGCUGACGCCGAGAGCGAAGGCACGUCUUCCCCUGACCUUAACCGACACGACGAACAUCCUUCAAAGAAAGCAUUUGUCUGCGCCAUUCACGAAGAGCCGUGUAAGUAUUACUGCCAGGAUUGUGAACGACUCAUUUGCAGUGAAUGUGCCAUGCGUUGGGGUGACUGUCACGAGCACUACUACCUUCGAGUGAAAGACGCUUGGAAGAAAUAUCGCGAGGAAAUGAUGAAGAUUUUACAUGAAGCUCGUUCUAGUGUGUCCUGCAUACAGCAAGACAUCCUGGAGAACUCGAAGCAACGAGACAGCUUCAAGUUGAAAGUCGAGUCAACGAUCAAGAAAAUCAACAGCUUCUUUGACGAGCACGUGCAAGCUUUAGAGAAACGACGUACGAACUUCCUAGAAACUGUAGAAGAGAUUAUGAAGUUCCGUGAAAUCGGAAUUAACCAAGAGAUUGAGAGUCUGCAGAAUAACUUAGUGGAAACUAACAGCACCAUCAACAUCGCUGGUAGGGUGUACGGAACCAGCACUAUGAUGGAGUUUCUCCAGGUUUGUAAACAACUCACAAACCGACUUCUUGAUCUGGGACACAAGAAGAUCAAGUUGAACAUUACGGAAAGCAUUGAUAUAGAUUUUAUUUCGGAGCCGAGUUUGUUUGACGAAAUCGACAAACUUGGUCAGCUGAAGAAGCACAGAGAUUCGUCUCCAUCUUCGUUUCACUUGGAUGUAAAUAACAAAGAAUUGAAUGGCACGGAUGGGAGGUUGCCCCAAAAGAAAGAUGCGGUAGAAUCAAACAGCGGAGCGAAAAAAGGAGAAGAAAACGAACAGGAUUCAAUGGAUUCUGUAUUCGGAACCUCGACAGAGAAUCUGUCCGAAAGUACGUCGGCUAAAGAUAGUAAUGAUGUCAAAAGAAAACUUGCGUCAAAAAACGAAGGACAACCUGCUCUACCAGGCGGUUAUAAGAGUGUACCCAACAACGACGCUGUAGCAAUGAAAGGAGUACACGAUUUGAAGAAUCGCAAUGAAGACCCUGUGAAAAUGAAGUCCAAUGAUGGGGUUAAAAAGGAAUUGAUUUUCGGCCAGCAAGCGCGUCCGGGGGUAAUACCCGAAGAGCCACGUAGCAUGAAAGAGAUAUCUGCAGACCACAAUCUGAGGUCUGCGGUAAGAAGCGAGAAAGAAGUCGCAGACUGUCCUUGUGGGCUUGCCGAUGAUGUGGAACACAGGAAUGGUUUACCAAGCGAUGCAGACAAGGUCGCAGACGCUGAAAUCCCAGUGAAACAGCAAGCCCAUGCCGAGCACCAGCAUGGUCGUCGGCAUAGCAUGGACGACCUUCUUGGUAGUUUCAGCAAAAAACAAGAGAUUCAGCGUCGACUCGGGAACAUUGGCAGGUACCGUCCUCCUAAAUCGGUCGCGCAGUUCUUGGACGAAGGCGAGCGAUAUUUUUCGAGUGGAGAGGCCGAGCAGCGACGGAGGAAACAAGAGUAUUACAAAGUUCGCUUUAACGAUCGUGCGUACUACAGCAACCCGAGCGACAGUUCUGAGCUGGAAGAAAUGCGAGGUUAUGAUUUCGAAGAGCGGCCAGUGAAACACAAGGUGAGACGGCAUCGUACCAUGCCCCUGAUUCGACCCAUCUCCGAACGACGGGAUCUGAAAAGUUCUUGGACUUUGGACGUCUUCCGUUACCAUGGCAAGAUCCACUUCUCGCGCAACAGUCUCAAAGCGACCGGAAAGGCAUUCGGCUGGAAUGCGGUCGUUGGAUCCCAAGGAUUUUCCCAGGGAAAGCACACGUGGAAAGUACGCGUUACCAAGUGGACAGCGGUCGGCGUAUGCUACAAAGAUGAUCACGUGGAUAACCCAAGCUGGGGAGCUGGUAACAAGUGGACGUGGGAUUCAGCUGAUAUGUGCUACUCCCCCCGGCUCGGUGUGUGCGAAUCCCCGGUCGGAGAGUGGAUCGAUGGUGACGUCAUAGCUUUGGAACUCGACUGCGAGAAUAGCGUUCUUGUUGUUCAUAAUUUGCGUACCUCUGAAACGGACAAGUUGUACGGUUUCAAGCAGCCUGUGUACCCGUAUUUCUAUCUUUCUGUGUUUCGAAGUAUUAGCUUGGUUGAAAUUGACGGCAUUCAAGUUGGAUCGUAGCUCAGCGAACGAUGAGCAGGGACUAUAAUUGACUCCAUAACAUAAUGAAUAUCAAACAGGAUCAUAGCUUAGCGCAUAAUGAUUUGCUAACCCAAAGGGCAUUGGCAUAAUUUUCACCGUCUCAAAUCGAAGAAUUCGUCAAACUAUUUAAUGAUUACGGCUAAUUUGGAGAUUUUAUAAAAGCAAACUUUGGUAGAGGUUGACAGGUGAUUCUCAUUAAUUUACACAUCACUCGAUUUAUUAGCUCGGCACAGGCAAAAUGGGUGCUCGUGUCCAUUUCAUCCGUGCCCGGCCUUUGUUUUGGUAGCCUGAUCACUAAUAAAAUUGGUCACGGGUACCCAUUUUAACCAUGCCGUGCCAAUGUAUCGAGUGUAAUGUACACGGGGCUUGUAUUGACUAGUGCAUUCAACUCAGUGUUUUUAGGACGCUAUACUCAUUAGCAGCCAUAUACCUGAUUUUCAGGGGGAGGAGUUAAAUACAGUCCCACUAAACUUGAAACUUCUUUGUACAAGUCUGGAUAGCGCUAUCCACCAGAUACAGUUAUAACGGUAUAACUUUCAUUAGGCCUUACUAUUCCUAAAUUGGGAAUGCUCUUUAAUAUUUUUAGCUGCUAAGCCGUUCGGUUAGAACGGUUGAAAAAUCACUAUCCGGUGGAUAGCGCUGUCUAUCCUUCGUCCAACCGGCCCCAGUGUCACAGUUUCUUAGAUUAGUCGCAUCGGAAUGAACAAAGGGAACAUUGAGGUAGAUUUUCCAGCUUUACCUCAAAAACUAAGACAGGAAUGCGGAAAAGAUAAGUUAUUAAAUAGUUUUACGAGUUCUUACAUUCGACACAAAGAUACAUUAGUAAAUUUGUAAAGAAAAUACAAGAAUUCUUGUGGUACCAGCCUCGUUCCCAGGCUCUUUGAAGUAUUUCGCGGAUAAAGCACUGAGCGCACGGGGGUGCUUGGGGAAGUUGCAAGGUCUCCUGCUUAUCCGCGAAAUACUUCAAAGAGCCUGGGAACGAGGCUGUUGUGGUACCUGGUGGGUCGGUUACCAACCAGGGGCCAGUUGUAUAAAACUCGUUAACUACAUUUUGCAUAGUUAAAUUGGCCAAU